UCCGUCAGCUGAUUUCGGUCUCCCGGGAAGCGGCCUCCAGCCCCCAAUUCGCUCAUUUCCGCUCUUAAAUGAAGUCCUCGGCGCCGAGACUACACCCAUAACAGCACCAUGGACUCGAAGAAGAUGAGGCCGACGAGAUACGCCCAUUUCGAAGGACACACGGACCUCUGUUACACCAGUGAUGGAAGGUACAUAAUAACGUGCGGGACGGAUGGAGAAGUGCGCAUCUUCGAAGGCCUCGAUGAUGAUGACUGCAAAACGCAUGUAGUGGCAGAGUGUGCGCAUUCCAUUGCUUGUCAGGACGGGAGAUUUUUGGUCGGCACUGACAGCAACCUAGUCCAAGCCUACACCUUAGACGAAGGCUCUCCCGAUGGCAUUAUCACCAGGUUCACUGCCCCGACCACACACAUUGUUGUCAGCAAGGAUGCGAAGACUGUUGCCUGUGCUGGAAGUGACAUGACCAUCAAGGUCCAUGACACAGUGGCAUACAAGGACAAGGUACUGAAUGGUCACCAAGCUCCUGUCCUCUCUGUUGCCCUGGAUCCUAAAGGGGAGUUUUUAGCGUCAUCUUCAUGUGAUGGAAGUGUAAAGGUGUGGGACCUGCAGACGUCUGUGUCGGUGGCAUCCUGGAAUGUCGUACCCAAGACAAACAGCUUCUCGUCCUCUCAGACCUUGUGUCGCAUGGCUUGGACCUCAGAUGGCCAGUACCUCCUCGUUCCAGUGGGGAUGAAGGUCCAUGCUUAUGCUCGGAAAGACUGGCAGCUUCACCAUUCUUUAGAGCAUGAGUCUAUAAAAGAGACAGUAUCCUUGGCUGCAGUGUCCAGCUGUGGGCGGUUUGUUGCCGGGGCUUGUCGAAAUGGCGUGAUCCUGGUUUGGGAUGCCAGCAGCCGCCAGAUCAUCCUCUCGGAGAAGCAUCCCAAAGGUCUCGCCAUAACGGGAAUAGCAUGGAACCCCAGUGGGAAGGAGGAGUUGGCAUUCGUCGACUGUGACGGGCAGUUGGGGACGCUGGAGAACAUCAUUGAGGGAGACUAUUCGUCAAAGCCAGGAAAGUCAGACAUUGCUGACUCGGAAAAGGCAGAUGGAGCAGCGGUCUUCCCUCCAGUGGAUGUGGACAUGGCGGAGGAAGAGGAUGAGUUUUCUCUGGCCAAGAUCAAGCAGCAGUUGGGGUUUGCAGAUGACGAGGAAGGCACGUUUGUUGGACUGCCUGAGGAUAGUGAUCUCGCCAAGGGAGACCCAAGUCUAAAGCUGAAGGACGAUGACGCAGCAAGCAUCAUCACCACCAGGACCGAGGUGCCGCCGGCCCCGGUUAUGAAGCUCCCCGAGAUUCAGAAGCCCUUCCAGCCUGGCAUGUCUCCAGAGCACCUCGACGACAGAUAUAUGCUAUGGAAUAAUGUUGGCAUUGUGCGCCAGUAUUCAAGUGAGGAUGAGAACAGCAUAGAUGUUGAGUUUCAUGACACCUCGGUGCACCAUGCCCUUCACCUCAACAAUAACAGUGGGCACAGCAUGGCAGCACUGUCCACCCAGGCCCUAGCGCUAGCAUGUGAAGCCCAGGAUGACCAGCCUAGCAAGUUGGCAGUGCAGCACUUCUCAGCCUGGGGAGGAGGCAAGGAGUGGCACGUGGACAUGCCCAGUGAGGAAGAAAUCUUGGCCUUGUGCAUUGGAGCAGGCUGGCUGGCUGUAGCAACCGACCGCAGGAACCUCAGGAUCUUCUCAACAUCAGGCAUUCAGCGGGAUAUCCUAAGCAUCCCCGGCCCUGUGGUGUGCCUGGCUGGGUUUGAAGAACAGCUGAUGGUCGUGUUCCACAGUGGGAUGGGUGUGUCUGGCGAUCAGCACAUGGCAGCUGUCAUCCUGAGCGUGAAUGGAAACAAGCACCCCGUUCCCCUCUCGUGCCCCUUACCCCUCUCCCCCCGCUCCUACCUGGCCUGGGCUGGAUUCACUGACGAAGGUACUCCAGCCAUCAUGGACAGUGCUGGCAUUGUUCGCAUGAUGCACUUCAAGUAUGGCUACAACUGGACGGUCAUCCUCAACACAAAGAAUCAUACAAAAGGCAAGAGUGACAACUACUUCAUGCUGGGUGUGAGUGAGACACAGGGCAAUGUGCGAUGCAUUCUCUGCAAGGGUGGACGCUAUCCUUCUGUAUUGCCCAAACCCCAUGUCUCCAUCAUUAGCAUACAGGUUCCAUUAUGUGAGUUGGAGACUGAGAAAGGCGGCCUCGAAGAGAAGACGCUGCGCUCUGGUCUGCUGCUGAACUCCCUGGAGCGACUUGGACGCCAGGGCUAUGACAUUGAGGACUCAAAGAGUGAAGCCGACAAGAUCCUGAAGGAAGCCAUGAUUAAACUGUUUGCUCUGGCAUGCCGCACUGAGCGUGAGUCUCGAGCCUUGGAAGUCUGCCAGUUGAUGCCAUCAUACCACACUGUCCAGCUGGCCAUAAAGUACGCUGGGAAGCUUCACCGCCUCCAGUUGGCUGACAAACUGGGCGAGGUCGCGUCAGCCAAAAUGCAGGAGGAAAUGGAGAAAGCUGCCAAGCUACAAGGCGUUGAGGAAGACGAUUUACAAAUGUAUGGCAGUGGCAUGAGGAGAAUAAGAACAAGAGGUGAAGAAGAGGAGGAUGAAGAGGAGGAUUAUUCUGAGCAGGAUCAGGAAUCAAAUGUGGAAGAUUCUGUUGUCGAUAACCCAUUAUUAGCAGCUGCAUCGAGAAGAGAGAACGCCACCCCACGUGGAGGCCUCCUCUCCUCGCAGAACUCAAAGAAUCCCUUCAAGAAAAGUGGCACUCCUUCUUCAGCACCUCAGAGUGGAAAGAGAGGCAUCAACGUCAUCGAUCAGUUCAGAAAAGCGCAGAAAAAGAUGGAUUCCAGCCCUGUCUUGAGGCCUGUCGUCAAAAAACCACAGGCCAAGCAGACAACGCUCAAGAAAGAGUCGCAGGAAGAGCCACCGGUUGCCUCGGGGAAGGAAAAUGUGUCGCAGAAUAUACCUGAUGAGACCCCCAAGCCAUCUGCAACAAACCCAUUUAAGAAAGCUGAGAAGGCCAUUGAUAAUCCUCCCAAGAAGCAGUCGGCAUUACAGCUGUGGUUGGCCGAUAAUGAGAAGGCAGUGAAGGAAAAGUAUCCUGAUGCUAGUGAGAAAGACCUACUGGCUAAGGCUGCAAUGAUGUUCAAAGAUGUGGAUGCUGAUACUAAGCAGAAAUACAAAGCUCUGGCAGCUGGCACCCCCACGGCAACAGCAACGCCAGCCCCAGAAACGACUGCAGCCCCAAAUGAAGAGGAUAAAAAGCGCAAACGCGAGGAAACCACUCCAGAAUCUCCCAUUGAAAAGAAGGCCAAGGGCUCCGGCAUAAACAAGCUUGCUGCAUUUGCCUUUAACAAGGAUUCAUAGUUCUUGUGAUAUUGGUCGUUUGUAUAUAUUUAUGUAAAUGUUUUUAUAAAGAGAUUAGUUUUAACUUAACAUAUUCUUUUAAUGUACCAUUUUCUAGAAAUAUUCAUCUUUGUGAGGGGGGAUGGGGUGUAUUGGAUAAUUACAUUUUUUGAACUUUGAUACUUGAGCAGCAUAAUUUUUUUUAUUUUUUCAUCAGAUCAAAAUAUUUUUGUGGAUGCAACAUAUCACCUUAGAAUUUAAAACAGAUCUGAAGAAAUUAUUUACAAUGAACCAGUGAUAUUUACAGAUGAAAGUAGUAGAAAAAUCUGUAUAAAAGUAUAUAAAAUAAUUAGAAUUUAAAACGGAAAAUGUGAUGGAACUACAAACUGAUAGAUAAGAAGCAUCUUGUACACUUUAUUAAGUCUUAGUAGUUCAUAUUUUCAUUAGUUGAGAGCUCCAGAAAUAUUUUUAAUGAUAGCCAUAAACCAACAAAACUCUAAUAAUGGGUGUGCUUUCCAAGGGUGCGACGACAAUAUUGUGAAUUUCAGUAAUCUAUUUAAAUGAAUACCAGUUAUGCAGUAGGAUUGCAAUUUAAUAACAAAUUACUCCUAUCUAUCUUGUAUACCAUAAGUAAUUAUGUAUGCUGAAAUUUUCACUGCAACAGGUAUGGCAUUAUCACAAUUGACAUAAUCCAGAUAAUCCUAUAUGCCAAAACCCCUGACCUGACAUUUUCUUGUACCUGUUCUCAUUUGUUUUACCAAAUGAGGAAUUAUAAACAUGUAUGAUGCAUACAGUCUGUAAUCCUAUAUUUAUUGUAGCAAUGAUAGUUUUAUAUAUAUAUUUAUAUAUAUUUAUAUAUAUAUAUAUAUAUAUAUAUAUAUAUAUAUAUAUAUUUAUAAUUCUUACAUACGUACAUCCAUAUAAAAAUAAUGUAUUUAUAUACAUACAUACCUAACUAUUUAUUUUCCAUAUGAAUUCUCUAACUUAUAAUGAUUUCCACCAACUUAGCAUUUCUAAUGGUAAAAUUAAUAUUGUAAAAUUACACAUAUUAACAUCUUCAGAAGGGUUUUGUCUGGGAGGAAAUAGUUUUUUAGAACAUUAGAGCAAAUGUUUUCAAUACUGUUCUGUUUGCAUUUUAUUAAAGUUUAUGCCUAUAUUUCCCUAAUUGUAUCUUUAGCUUUAAAAAUUGAGUUAUUCAUUACACAAGGAAAAAUAUUUUUUCAAGGUUUCUAUUGCAUUAAUUAGGAAUAAUUCAUUAUUAAUUAGGAAUUUAAUUACUGCUUAGGCAAUUUUAGAUCUAUUUAUAACACUAAUUUGGCCCCCCAAUCCUUUGCUCAUUGUUGUCAUGGGGGGCUCAGGAGACAGGGACUGAGGCCCAGUAUUGGCGAUCACCCAUACCUUGGUCCUACAAUUCAUAUUUUAUUGUCUUGUCUUCUUCUCUUUUUUUCUUUUCUUCAACCCCUUGUUCUGUCCACUUAUUGUAAUCGUCAACUCAUGGAAUUUCUUCAAAUACUCGUACAUGUACAUUUUUGCUGCUUCUCUUAUAUAACAAAAUCGAGGGUGAAGAGAAAACAAAAGCAAAACAUUUUCUCUUAUUUAAUAGUUUCAUAUAAAGUGUCAAUUGAGUGGCCAAGUAAAAUUCAGGAGUUUAUCAUAUAAAACACAUCACCUAGAUACUAUAUACAAAAUCAAUGCAGAAACAAACAAAAAAUAUAUAUCUAUAUAUGUGAACCUGUAAUGAAGUCGGUUUUAUGAAACAAUAACAAUCCAAAGUUUUAUGUUCACGGCCAUUGUAAAAUCUAAAACCACAUCCAACCUGGCUGAAAGCUGGCCUGUCUGUACGUUAUCACUGAUUACUGUUACUGCGUUUCAAAUUUUAAGCGAAAAGAAAUUUACAGUUCAAUGUUCUUGUGUUGCUCCAAAUUCACUUAGUGGCAGCUUGGAUGCAUAUUUAGAUUACAAAGCUGCAAAACUUCUUGCUUUAGCCUGCUUGCACCAGCUAGCUUGGAGUGUGGACAGGCCCAAGGGGAAACACACAAGCCAGUUUUCUUAUGUGACAAUAUCUAAAAUAGCUGGAUGUCAGAGCAAAGAAAGACUUCAUUCAGUAUGUUCUAUAAUCUCCAAUAAAUUUAAGAGUAACCUAAGAGCUUUAUCAUACUUCAAGCUUGUAUGAUAGCUUUUAUCAUGAACAUGAAGGGUGAAGCAAUCAGACCGCUUUUCUAUUAUUUAAAUGUUAAAAACAUAACUUUUCCUUAUGACUAAAAAGAAGAAAAAAGAUCUUAUACAGUUGCUUUGAAUAUAAAGUUUUUGGUUGUCAGAAUGAUCAAAUUCCUCCCCCUCUCCCAAUAUAAUAUAAAUGGCUCUUAGACUUGAUAUAUAAUUAAUUUCAAAACUUAUUUUGUGAAUACUGUGAACACAUUUCCUUGCCUGAUAGUUAAGUAAAGUAUGAAUUAUCUGUUUAUAAAUACAAUUUCUACCUGUCAAGUGUUAUCAUUACUACUACAAAAUUGGUUUUAACAAUGUUGUUGCCUUAAAAAUCAGCCCCAAGAGUGCUUCAUUCUUCGAUACAGAUUAACCCAAUGUGCGCGGGCUUUUUCGGCGGCCAAAUGGGUAUAUCUGUAUGGGCCGCAUCUGUGGGGUUGCAUCCCAUGGCAUCAGUGCUACGCUGCUAUGGCAUCAUAGUGGAUGCCACCCACAGACAAGGGGUUAAUCUACUGGUAUAAAUUUAUCAAAUGUUUACCUAACAAAACAGAGAAGCAGAAGAUACUGCAACUGAGAAAGUCAUGUAUCAUGGACUUUCAAGCACCUAUAUUUUAAAACCCAAGCCAUAGUUCAAAGAAAAAGUCUAUUUAAUUUAAAAAAUUAUAUUUACCAUAUAGAACAUUGUAUUGCCUAUAACAUGUUGACACAGUAUUGUCAACAUGUUAUAGGCAAUACAAUGUACUAUAUGGUAAACAAUUUUUUUUUCUUCUUUCUCUUUCUGUAAAGGUGAUUGGCCUUACAGUAUCAGGCAAUACAAUGAACUAUAUGGUAAAUAUAAGUUUUAAAAUUAAAUAGACUUUUUCUUUGAACUAUGGCUUGGGUUUUAAAAUGUAGGUGCUUGAAAUUCUGGUAAAGCCUUUACAGUUAUUGAUUUAUGUAUAGGAUAUAUAUAAUAAUUAAUAUCCAUUCCUCUCCAACUCUAAACAAGCCACUUAGCCUGUGAACUGUCAGUGUUGACAUUUGCAUUUAAAAUGUGGAGAAAUGAAAAAUAAUAAUGAAUUUAAGGUGAAUCCUAACAUAUAUAUUUUUGUCACCUACAAAAUCAGGUUUUAUAAUGAUCAAAUAAUCAAAUGGCUGAGAAUGAUGACCAAUGCAACAUGUGUUAGACUGAAAUGUCUGACUCUUAACAUUUGAAUCAUCAGACAAAAUAAAGAGAUAAGUAAAAAAAAAAAAAAAAAAAAAGAAAGAAAAAAUAAUAAUAAUUAUAUGAAAAUGAAAU